UAAUUUCAGAUCCUUAGUUUUGACCUGGUUUCACACAAACGUUUGCAUGGUCCACUUGCUGCUGGUUCGUGAUGUCCUGCUGCAGCUGGCGGCGUGGCGCCGCGGCCUGUCGUUUGUGGUCCAUCAUGGCGCGCCGCUCCCCCGGUCAGGGGCCUCACUAACGAGCUCCUCCUCCUUGUUUUUGGGGAUUUACCCCGGGGGCACACUGAGGAUUAAGUCCAGAACACGCCACUGCCAAGAGGUAAACUCUCGAGGUCACUUCUUCUGUGGUGCCAACAACGCAGAGUUGCUCUGAGCAGACCAGCCGGACAUUAAAGGUGAGAAGAUGCUCUCGGAUGCAUUGUUUCUGUUUUCACUCUUAAUAAACGGUCCCUUUAAAGGCGUCUGACCUUUAAUUAGUGAUGUCGUGUUUUCUUCCAAGCAGCCUAUCUGACUGGAGACCAGAAGUCCAUCAGUAAUGACCGUCACCUACACCGCCAGAGUCGCAAACGCCCGCUUCUGUGGCUUCUCCAAGCUGCUGCUGGCCUGGAAGGGAAGCAUCUACAAGGUUCUGUACAAGGAGUUCCUGGCUUUCUUUGCCAUGUACACGGCCAUCAGCAUCACCUACAGAUUCGUCCUUUCUGAUGAGCAGAAAAGGUAUUUUGAGAAGCUGGCCAUCUACUGCAACCACUACGCCAGCCUCAUCCCCAUGUCCUUCGUGUUGGGUUUCUACGUGACCCUGGUGGUGAACCGCUGGUGGAGUCAGUACACCAGCAUCCCGCUGCCUGAUAGGCUCAUGUGCGUUCUGUCGGGAGGCCUCCAGGGGAACGACGAGCGAGGUCGCCUGCUGAGACGAACCAUGAUGCGCUACGCCAGCCUGUCGGCUCUGCUCAUCCUCCGCUCCGUCAGCACGGCCAUCUUCAAACGCUUCCCCACCAUGGAUCACGUGGUGGAGGCUGGAUUCAUGUCUAGAGAGGAGCGGAAGAAGUUUGAGGGUCUCCGCUCACCUUACAACAAGUACUGGAUCCCGUGUGUUUGGUUCACCAACCUGGCUGCCGUGGCUCGCUGCGAGGGCAGAAUCAAAGACGAUCACACGCUGAAACUGUUGCUGGAGGAGCUGAAUACGUUCAGAGGGAGGUGCAGCCUGUUGUUUCAUUACGACAUGAUCAGCGUGCCCCUUGUGUACACUCAGGUGGUGACGUUGGCGGUGUACAGUUUUUUCUUGGUGUGUCUGAUCGGACGCCAGUUCCUGGACCCCUGUCAGGGCUACCCGGGUCAUGACCUGGACCUUUACGUUCCCAUCUUCACGCUGCUGCAGUUCUUCUUCUAUGCGGGCUGGCUGAAGGUGGCAGAACAGCUGAUCAACCCGUUUGGAGAAGAUGAUGAUGAUUUUGAGACAAACUGGCUUAUUGACAGGAACUUCCAGGUGUCCAUGAUGGCGGUGGAUGAGAUGUACGGAGAUUUGCCGAUGAUGGAGAGGGACCGUUACUGGAACGACUCCAACCCUCGACCCCCCUACACCGCAGCCACUCUCUUCGUGCUCCGUAAGCCCUCCUUCCAGGGUUCCACUUUUGACAUGGCGAUCCCAAGGGAGGAGAUGCACUUCCAGCCUUUAGAGGACAUUGCUGAGAACAUGGAGGAAUCAGGGACGCGCCAUCCCAACAUGGCCCUCUUCAACCGCCUCCUCAGUGCCGCACCUUCUCCAAACGGCUUCAUGGGAGGAGCUCUUCGCCGCACCUCGGCACAGCUUCAGAGGCUGCACCGCUCCCCUAGUAUCGAACGAUGCACCAGCGAUGAUGAUGAAGAGGAGGAGAGAAGCUGUGAAAUAAGUAAAGGAGGGUCUCUGCCAUCAGGGCUGGGUCAGGACACCCAGAGCACCGUGUGCAGCUUCAGCGAGGAGAAAAGUACCAGAACACCUCUGCUGAAUAUUCACUUUGCAGAGGAGCAAGGAGGAAACAAUCCAGUCAGGGAGGAGAAGGAGGUGAGUCGAGAAGAAGGGAGGAGCAAUAUGGAGAAGCAGGUGACCUCCUUGGCUCCAGUGUCUCUGCUUCCCCUUCUCCCUGAGACAUCACCUCGACCAUUCUCCAUCAUUCCCGUCACCUCCGUCCGCCCAUCCGCGUUCCCGUUUCACCCCACAGCCUCCUACAGUCUGGAGCACUGCAGCUCCCAACCAGCGAUUAGUCACCACCGGGCCGUUCACACCAUUCCCAAACCCCCGCCCUGUGGAAACAGAAAAUCCCUCCUCACCGUGCCGUCAAACGAAGAGCCUCAGCGUUCUCAGAGUGUGAGCAUGGAGUCAGAGUUCACCGGGUCAUAGGUGACCUUUAGAUGGCGUGUUUUCAUUGUUACGCUCAACUGCACCUUUAAGGAC